GCCCACACACACACACACAUACACUCCCACACACACAGUAUAUAAACCAGAGCCUCGCAAAUGAAGCCCUGUGAGAAAGAAUGACACUCGGGAGCCCAGGAGGAUGAAUGGGUGAUGUGUCAGGGUGUGUGUGUGUGUGGUGUUGGGGAUAGAGCCUCUCUGGAGGUGUGUGUGUGUGUGUGUGUGAGGACAUCCUGCGCGUUCUUCUGGCACACGGAUGCCGGUUCUUCUCUGUCUCCUGUCGUAACACUGGCUGAUCCAGCGGACUCGUCUGUAUUCACCGUGCCUUUAUCUACUUUUGGGAUAUCUGGAGAACUCUAAGGCGACGCAUACGCACACGCAUACACGCACACGCAUACGCACACGCAUACACACACGCACGCACACACGCGCGCGCGCGCGCGGCGUCAUGAAGUUCAAACCCAACCAGACGAGGACGUACGACGGUGAAGGCUUCAAGCAGCGAGCGGCGUGUCUGUGUUUCAGGAACGAGCGAGAGGAUGAGGUGUUGCUGGUGAGCAGCAGUCGUCAUCCGGAUCAGUGGAUCGUGCCAGGGGGAGGAAUGGAGCCAGAGGAAGAGCCGUGUGGCGCAGCAGUGAGGGAGGUUUAUGAAGAGGCUGGAGUGAAGGGGAAGCUGGGUCGCCUCCUGGGUGUGUUUGAGCAUAAUCAGGACAGGAAGCAUCGCACGUACGUGUACGUCCUGACAGUGACCGAGACUCUGGAAGCAUGGGAAGACUCUGUCAAUAUCGGUCGAAAGCGAGAGUGGUUCCCAGUGGAAGAGGCUAUAAAGAUUCUGCAGAGCCACAAGCCUGUCCAUGCCGAGUACCUGAGACACCUUCAGCUCAGCUGCUCCACCACCAACAACGGCAACAUGCUCCUGCCUCCUCCACCUCCCAACGACAACGCAGCCCGAGCUGCAGCAUGCAGAUAGGACUGCUCACUCUCGCUCUUUUUUUUUUCUUCUCUCACAUACAUUCCCUCCAGGCUCUAAUCUCUGGAUCUGUACACACACACACACACACACACACACACACACACACACACUUGGACACGGAUGUGUUCCUGGACCCCUGAAUCAUCCAGGAUUUUAAAAAGUGCUUUUGCUGCAAGGACUUGGUUUAAAAAUGCCUUAAAAACGUAAUGUGUUUUUUAACGUCUGGUUUGUUACUGUGUUUCUUUUAGGAUUUAUCUAUCACUCGCUUUUCUUAUUCUUAUCACUUACGGCUAUGAAUCACGUUACAUGUCCGUCGGCUUUGCAGACUGAAUUCAAAACUGAAGUCACGUUACCUCAACUCCCCAGACGACCCCUGCAUGUCCUGGGGAUUACGGAGUUGUUCUUUGGAAUUGGUGCCUGCUGUUUUAAAGGAGCCAUUUGUAAUUUUUAACGCCCCGCGCUGAUCCUUCUCUCUUCCUCCAGACCAACCCCCAGCGCCAUUUCGUUGAAAUGCCUUCUGAGUUUAAGGAAAAGGGACAGAGCUAAGAAGCUCAGUUCUGGCUGCGAGUCAAGUUCAAUCCUGGGCCAGAAAAAUGUAAAUGGAAGCCUGGAAUGAAGAAACCAACCACAUCUAUUGCACAGCAAUGGUGUGACUAACAGUUUUUUCCAAUUUGAUAUAUUAUGAGUAUUACAGUUCCGGAAACGAUUUGGAAAAUGGAAAAUAGUCACAUUUGGUACUUUCUUGUUCUGUACCCUGAACUUUGCCAGGGUGAGUCUCUGUUUUAGAUUUGCAUUGCUACAUCGAUCCAGUAAAAUGAACAGUAACCUCAUUUUAACUAAUCAAAACAUCCCUUUAAUCGCUAGCUUUUUAACACUAGUCUGGAGCGGGCCAGUACAGAUUUUGACUGGCAGGAGCGUCUAAAAAUAUUAGACAUGACAUUGUCACAUGAUCAGAGUCACAUGAUCAGAGAAUAUUGAGUACUAAGUAAGAUUUUUUUUUUGAAGGCAUAGUUCAGGGAACAUUCAUAUCAUGGCCCUAAAAUUUCCUGCGUCUCAAGUGUAGAAGAUCAGCCAAGAAAUAUUUAGAGAACAAAUUGUGCUCCGUUUGAUUUGCACUAGCGCUUUGAGGCUAACAGGUAAUGGUGGCUUAUGACCAACAGUUAGCAAACUGCUAAAAUCAUCACUCACUUCUCUCAAAUGACAAAACUGUCCAAGUAAUACUAUUUGUAGCAAUUUUAUGUAAAUAGCAGAAGUCAUAUAAUUCAGUAUAGAAAUAUAAAUUCAAUUUCUCUUCCUCUGAUCAAGGCCAUUUGUAGUUACUAAACAAUUUUUCUAAAUAUUCUGCAGAACUGAGCAUUAUUGUCAAGGUUUUUAAGUGGAAACAAAUGUAUUAACUUUUGCUGAAAUCUUUUCGAUUACUUUUUUUUUCUCUUUUUAAUGAUUAUGACCGUGAUUAAAAAAAAACUUUUAGCCGCAGACCUGAUUUAAUCAAGUCCAGAACAAAUGCUGGUCUCCACAUGAUCCUCAGACACUGAAGCGUGACGUGUGUGACGUGUGGUAGUGACGUGUGUUAGUGACGUGUGCUAGCGACGUUUGCUAGUUGCGUGUGCUAGUGACGUGUGCUAGCGACGUGUGCUAGCGAGGACAUGCCCGAAUGUGGUCAGUGCACCACUUUUUGGUGAUGUUCAUGAUGCUCCUAUGUGCUACAUUGUCCAGACAUUUGAAUAUCUAUUCUAGUUUUUCAUUUUAUAACUCUCCAGAUUUCCUACUGAUGCACCGAAAUAAAUGAUUCAGAACUUGAAACCUAAAAUUAGGACACCCUGAGCCUAAAACUUAAUUCAUUCUCUUGACCACUGCAUACAUAUUCCAUCUAUGUUCUGUAGCGCUUAUCCUACACAGGGUCACGGGGAGCCUGGAGCCUAUCCCAAGGGACUCGGGGCACAAGGCACGGGACACCCUGGACGGGGUGCCAACCCAUCACAGGGCACAAUCACACACACUCACACACCCAUUCACACACUACAACCGAUUUUAGAGAUGGUAAUCAGGCUACGUCACAUGUCUUUGGACUGGGGGAGGAAAUCAGAGUACCUAGAGGAAACCCCCAAAACACAGGGAGAACAUGCAAACUCUACACAUGCAGGGUGGAGGCAGGAAUCGAACCCCAAACCCUGGCAGUGUGAGGCAACAGUGCUAAGCCACCUUGCUCCCCUACAUGCAUAUUGUUAAUCGAUUUUGCUUUUUCAUUUUUGAGAGAAACAAGUUUAAAAUACACAAUAUUUUUCCCCCAAGUAAAUAAAUUGAAGUUCAUCUGGUGCUAUUUGCUGUGAGAAAACGGGGCAGAGCAGAUCGGGUAAUGAUUUUCCUACAAGUUCUUUCCCAUCCAGGUAGUUGGUUAAAAUGUGACCUCAGUUCACUGCAGACAAGCACUGAAGUUUGACGUUAAACAAUUACACCUACAAGCCCGAGGCCAUGUUUAAUAUUUAGUUCAAGGUAAUUAGAAAUCCUGCCUAACCAAAGUAUCCGUGUCAGUGAUUAUUGGCUCGGGAGAGCAGAGGAAUCAGUGUCUUUUUUUCCCCCCACUAUUUGUAAUUCUCAUUAUAGUCUGUAAUGUGUUUCAUUAUUAAUCUGAGGCUGUAUUUAAUCUUAAAAAUGGACACUGCGGAACCUUUUAGUCAACUUUUUCAGCAUUUGUGGGACUAUUUUUGACACAUUUUCAGCAAAAAUAUUGGUGGCUGAAAUUUCUGUGCAUCUUUAACUCAUAAAGCUGCCUGAAUAAUGCUGCUAAAUCCAACGCUCACCUUCAUCAAGUGGAUGUUGUAUUUACAUGAAUACUCAAAAAAAAGAACCCUCACUCUUGAGAGUUGUAUGUUGGGUAAAUGGAACAGUCCUGUGUGUGUGUGUGUGUGUGUGUGUGUGUGUGUGUGUGUGUUUAGUAUAUGAAUCUGUCAUGCUUGUGAUUGUAAAAAUGCCUCUCUAGUGCCAAACUUUCAGGGAUUAUGAGAGAUUAUGAUUGUUCUCUUAAAAACUUAAAGAACUUCCUGUCUUUCCGGACUGCCAGGGCAGAUUUCCUUCGGAGCUAGUUGAGUUUUCCCGUUUCUCAUUUCCUUGCACAAAUUGCAAAGUCGUCACUUCUUGACCGUAACCCCAUGUGUGUAGCCUAGAAAAGGUCCCUGUUAGAAAGUUCCAGAAGGAAACGGCCCUGGCGCUCCUCCACUCAGUCACAGAUCCACGCUUCUCCUACAUACACAGACCUUAGAGCAUGUACGAAUGAUCUCUGCUCUUCGGAUCUGUACAUUUUCACUGAGGCCUUCACUGUGGAAGAAUAACAUGAUCAUAUCCGGGUUAUACAGUCAGGCUUGUGUGGUGCGGUAAAACAAAAACAUGUGUAAGCCAUACAAAAAUCUAGUGCAUUAUCACAGUGAAGGCAGUACUUCAUAUUUAUAGUGUAAUUUCAGAUAAGAACUGGAGAAAGGCAGAUGGUCUAAUGUGCUGUAAAUGCAGUUUGCUGUUACUUUUGGUUUACGUUUAUGAAAGUAACUCUUUUCCCCGAGGUCAGUUAUUAGGAUGUACUUGAGCCCAGACUAUGUUUGGGCACUCACUCGUCUUUCUCUUAAUGCAGCCUGGUUAACAGUUUCUCUGUUCUUUUAUGUGACUAUGUACUGAGGGAUAUUUUAAUCUGACUGCAGAUUGUUUGUAUUUCAAAAGAACUCUCAGUUCUAGGGAAGAAUUGAAUAAACGAAUUAAAGGCUCUGACUGCUA